UAGGUUGCUGACAUAAUCUGACGUUUCCGAGAAUCAAUCGCGUGAAGGACACCUGUUCGCAGGAGCAACCCUAUCACCUAUUACACCUCCGCCUCGCACCCUCCUUUCCUCUCUACAAUCCUCCAGCCAUGGCGCAGAUACGCGGCACAGCUGGUUACCAUUUGGGAAACCAAAGCCCCUUUGGCAACUCCGGGCGCAACGACGACAUGAACAACGACCCGAGUCCCCUCGACCAACUGAGGGCCCAGACAAGCAAACUCGAGGACAUGCUGGACACUGUCGCCGACCCUAUCAAGCCUUACUUGCCAGCAAUUGGCCGCUUCCUGAUUGUCGUAACUUUCCUAGAGGACGCGCUACGCAUAGUAACUCAAUGGCGUGAUCAGCUCACAUACCUCCAUGACUACCGACACAUCCCCAAUGGUUUAACGCACAUGUUCCUUAUUGUCAACGUCAUCGCCAUGACCGUCUGCUCCAUUGGUGUUAUUGCCCGGAAAUACUCCGAAUACAGCGUGGGCGGGCUCAUGGGCGUGGUCGUGUUGCAGGGUCUCGGAUACGGUCUCGUUUUCGACCUCAACUUCUUCCUCCGCAACCUGUCGGUUGUUGGUGGUCUUCUCAUGGUUCUCUCCGACUCAUGGGUUCGCAAGAAGUUUGCUCCGGCUGGUCUUCCCCAGCUUGACGAGAAGGAUAAGAAGAUGUACUUCCAGCUCGCUGGACGUGUUCUUUUGAUUUUCCUCUUUGUUGGCUUUGUUUUCCGCGGCGACUGGGGUCUCUGGCGAAUCAUUGCCAGCAUUCUGGGAUUCAUUGCCUGCGUCAUGGUUGUUGUUGGCUUCAAGGCCAAGUUCUCUGCCGUUAUGCUGGUGCUGAUUCUCAGCAUCUUCAAUCUCUACGUCAACAACUGGUGGACCCUGCACCCACACCACCCUCACAAGGACUUUGCCAAGUACGAUUUUUUCCAAAUCCUCUCGAUUGUCGGUGGUCUCCUUUUGCUGGUCAACAUGGGCCCUGGACAGUUCUCCGUCGACGAGAAGAAGAAGGUUUACUAGGCUAGAAAAAACGACGCAUCACGCAUCACGACAUGAGUUUUCGAUUCGAACGCUGGACAGCGUACACUGGUUACAUCCGAUGACGAAGAAUCAUGGCGAUUGGGUACUUAAAUGCAGGCGGAGCAGCUAGGAGCAGCCAAGAUGAACGAUUGAGGAAAGGGACAAGUUCAGAGGUGCAACUUCCGACCCAGCAAAACCUUUGCGACACGGAAAAUAUGUAGACCAGGAGUAGUGCUCGGCGUUAUACUUGCGAUUGGGUUGAUCGCGCCCUGUUAAGGGAAUAUCUGUUUAGAAAUUUACAAAUGCAUACAAGUUUAUGAUGUU